AUGGAAUUCGUUACUGGCCUACCGGAGAGCGAAGGGUACAACGCGAUUAUGGUAGUUGUUGAACGGUUAACAAAGAUACGACAUCUCCUGCCCUGUAAUACUACCGUCAACUCCGAAGACGUCGCCCAACUAUACCUGCGAAAUAUAUGGAAGCUCCAUGGGCUACCCACACAUGUCACCUCCCACCGCGGUACGCAAUUCACAGCCAAGUUUUGGAAGGCUCUCUGUAAACACCUCGACAUCGAAGCAAGAAUGUCCACCGCCUUCCACCCGGAGACCGACGGCCAAACUGAAAGGCUGAACGCAGUAAUGGAACAAUAUCUACGUAGAUAUGUCUCUUAUCAACAGGAUGAUUGGGUAAAAUGGCACCCUAUGGCAGAAUUCUCCGCCAACAAUCAGGUCUCUGCAUUCACCAAAGCUACACCAUUCUUCGAGAACUAUGGUUUCCAUCCCCGGUUUACAGUGACGAUCAAAUCGUUUCAAGGAUCGAUUAGUGAAUACAUUGGGUUACCAAGAGUUGGAUUAGUCAGAAAGGUUCUAUUGGGUUCUACCGGGUUCUGUUGA